AAAGAAACAACGAAAGAAGCUCCAAGCACAACACCAUCGUUCAUACCACUCCAAGAGACAGCCGUGGAGAGAGCGGCGACGGCGACACAGCACACAUAACGCGGCAGUCCUCAGGCAUCGCCGCAGGCUCGACGAGUCCAAUCUUAUGUCCUCCAAGUCGCAGCAGCCACCCACCGGCCUCUCAAAGUCGGCAGCGAAAAAGCGCGCAAAGAAGGCAGCAAAGCAGUCUCAGAAUCCUCAGCCACAGUCAGCACCACAGACGUCCUCUCAAACACCUGCCUCUGUUCCUCCUCUCCCCCCCGCCUCCGUCCCAGAUCCCCUUGACCCCGCGUUCUUCAACUUCCCAGGUCCGGGCUCGUAUCCCAUUGACGUUCAAUACGACGAUACUGCAUACUACGAUCAAGUCGACGUGCCGCUCAACCAAGGCGACUUCCCUGGCUCCUAUUCUAUCGAUUAUAAUCUUUCGCUUCAAAACGGCAGUCAGCUCGCCGGUUUGUCAGCUCCGUUCAACAUCACCCACGACGAUCUUAUCUCCGCUGCCAACGAGCUUUACAAGAGGAUGGCAGACCCGGAAUUUGGAUCAGACGAUGCCUAUUGGUCUUCAUUGCCGCCGCAUAUCCGACAGUUCAUCCGUGAUGCCGUGCCGUUUACGGGUUCCAUAAGUCAGAGCACGCCAGGUACUACUUCAAGCCAAAGGACAAUGUACCAGAUGGCACAGCAAAUAGUACAAGCCGCUAGCCAAGGGAUGGGCUUAGGCCACGGAAUGAGUGCAAAUCUCAUGCCUGGGAUAAAUGCCAAUGCCAGGUCGUUUCCCUCACCUCAGCAGACCAUAGGAGAGGAAUUCGGAUUCCAUCGUCAUCCUGAUACGAGAGAAGAAGAGUACGAUGAUGAAGAGGAGAUCGAAGAGGACCAGGGGCAUCCUGCGGCAAAUGGUGAUGCGCCCAAGAAGAAAAACAAGAAGAAGAAGAAGAAGGGAGCCAACGCAGCUUCUCUAUCUGCCCCAGUAGAACCUCCCGCUCCCCUUCCUCCCCUUCCACCUCCUUCUACUCUUUCAAAGAUUCCUCGUGCGCCCGCGCCUGUACCCCAACCUCAGCUUCCUACACAUCAACCCCAACCUCUCUCUCAACAACCGCCCUCACUUAAUCCUCUUCCGCCUCCCGCACCUGCUUCUGCGCCUACUCCUACGCCUCCCAGUUCCCGUGCAGCGGGCAAGCAGCCCAUGGGAACCAACCCUCCUGCUAAUCCCCCUGCUCGAUCAGCUCGUGCCGCCGGCAAAGCACCCGCCAGUGCAGCCCCGCCACACAACGCACACGCAGGUCACAGCCACAACCAUCCAUCGACUGCCAAGCCUGCUCCCAAGGGCAAAUCGCCUGCCACAGCGCCUCCUGCCAAGAUAUGGACCCAGUCUUCAGCUGAAGACCGAGAAAAUAUUAGGGUAUUCUGGCUUGGAUUGUCAGAAGCUGAGCGUCGGGAUUUGUUACGUAUAGAAAAAGAUGCGGUGUUAAAAAAGAUGAAGGAGCAGCAUCGACAUUCUUGUGGCUGUGCAGUUUGUGGCAGGAAAAAGGUUAACAUCGAGAUGGAGCUCGAUCAGUUAUACGAACAGUAUUACGAUGAGCUUCGUUCAUACGCAGCCGAACAGCGAGUCGCCGCUAACGGUCUUCGUCCACCCCCAAGUGGUGCCGGCCCUUUCCCAGGAAGCGUUGAGGUGGACGCCAGUGGUACCGUUACCCAAUAUGAUCAUCGAGCGCCGGAACUGCAUGAUCAUGAUCCAGACGAUCUUGAUGGCGAGGAAAGCGAAGAGUAUGAUGACGAUGACGAUUAUGCGGACGAUGAUGAAUUGGACGAUGAUGAUAUCGGAACAGACGAGGCUGAUGUAGGGGAUGAGAUUGAUGAACCUCCUCCUCCACCGCCUAUCACUCAUCGUCAACAGCCUCGGCGGCCUCCUGUGAAAGCUCCUCCCCGGUCUGAAGGUGGCGAUGAUUUCCUAUCUUUUGGAUCUAACCUUGCGACAAUCAAAGGUAUACUCACCAUUGCGGAUGAUAUGCUCAAGAACGAUGGAACUAAAUUCUUGGAAAUGAUGGAGCAACUGGCUAUCCGGAGAUCUGUAAGGGAAGAGCAAAAUUUAAGGGAUAUGCAGGAAGAAACAGAUGAGGAAGAGGAAGAGGAGGAUGAUGAUGAGAGUCGGGACGAGCCUAUGACGGAGAAAGAGCGCGCAGAAGAAGGUAAACGAAUGUUCCAGAUUUUUGCCGCGCGAAUGUUUGAACAGCGUGUACUGCAAGCUUAUCGCGAGCGGGUCGCCAAGCAGCGCGAAGAACAGUUGCUUCGCGAACUGGAGGAAGAAGAGGAUUCAAAGCGUGCUAAAGAAGAGAAGAAAGCCAAGGAGGCACAGAAAAAGAAGGACAAGAAGAAGGCGCAAAAGCAAAAAGCCGAGGAGGAACGCCUUGCUCGCGAAGCGGCCCUGGAAGAGGAAAAAAGGCAAGCCAAGCUCCGUAAAGAAGAAGCAGAGCGAGAGCGCAUGCGAAGACAGGAUGAAGAACGUGUUCGACGCGAAGCUGUGAAGCGCGCUGCUCAGGAAGAAGCACAACGCCAAGCGCUGGAACGUAAGAGAAGGCAACAGGAGGAGAAAGAAAGGGAAGAAGAGGCUGCAAAGAAAAAACGCGAACGCGAGGAGAAGGCCAAGAAAGAGCGAGAAGCGAGAGAGAAUGAGCUGAAGGAGAAGGAGAGGAAAGAACGCGAAAUUAAGGCUGCAAAGGAAAAAGCAGAAAAGGAAAGGAUUGCGAAGGAGACGCUUGAAAAGGCUGAAAGGGAUAGACUGGCGAAAGAAGCCAAGGAAAAGGCUGAGAAAAUCCGUCAAGAGAGACUCGAGGCCUCGCGGAUGGAAAAAGUCAGGAAAGAGGAGGCAGCCAGAAAAGAGCGAGAAGCGGUCGAGCAAGCAAAAAUUAUUGCUGCUCAACAAGCUCAACGGGAACGUGCUGCUAAAGCUGAAAAGAACACUGCCGACAAAGCAGCUGCUGAGCGGAUUUCCGCUGCUCGGGUAAUUCCUGUUGCUGCAACUGCGCCGGUUUUGGCGACUUUGGGCCUCAAGUCGCCCUCAAAGGGUUCUACUCCACAGUCCGCACCUCCUGUCCCUCAAUUGUCGCCUGUUAAAGGAGCCGCUCGUCCGAUCACCAAUGCCACUCCAGGACGAUCCAUGCAGAAAACUCCCACGGCAUAUUAUCCUCAGCCUGUUCCUCCUGUUGGUGUUGCCAGCUUCUCUAGGAUGCCUUUGGCUCAAAGCUUCGGUCCUCCGGGCCUCCGGCCCGCUUAUCCCACUGGGUCGCCUGCCUAUUCCCCUCCUCGUGCAAAUGGCUCUUCAAUCUCGCCUAACCCGCCUUCAAGAGGAUUCACCGAUCCGAGCCCGCCAGGGUUUGACCACAAUUUGCGCACAGCUCCCAUCGGUGUGGGAUUCCCUCCAGUCAAGCCCUCAGGUCGUAUCCCUUCAAUGGCGGAUGACGCGUUUUCUCCUACAGCUCCCAUCGGUGUGCCUGUGACUCGCAGUGUUUCCAGUGCAGGUGAAAUGGGUUCUCUCAUCUCUGGGUCGGUUACACCUGACGAUUACCGCCCUACUCCGCCUGCACCCAUCGCACCCCCUAAUCUGGGCCCAAUCGGACGUCCAUCAUUUUCAGAUGGACAGACAUCAGGACCGAACGUUCUCCGCUCCACAUCACCUCCUCCGCCUGAUCGAGUUCUAGGUUCAGCUGCUCUCGGAGCUGACGAUGAAAUUGUUCAACCCCAGCAACGUAGACCGACAACAUCUUGGGACAUGCCCACUGCCGCACCCGGGUCGGGUCGAUGGUCCGCUUCCCCGUCCAUAUGGGGAUCUGGAGAUCCGACGCCCGCGCCAAGUUGGGGUGCGCCAGGAAGUAUGCCAACAGUCGCAGAAAGGCCAGGUCCGCCACCCGGAUUAUCGCUUUCCCCCGGUGCGGGAGUGAAUGUUCUUGGUCAGAGACAACCUUCAUUCGGCGGGAUAGGUUCGUCUUUUGGUGGUGUAGGCGCUGUAGGAAGUGUGAUUGGUGGAGGAAUGGGUGGCACAGCCGGUAGUGGUCUGGUCCAGGGACAUGUGGGUGGUGGCGGAUAUUCGCAGGGACUUUUCUCUCCUCAGCAUCAACAACAGCAGCAACUGCAGUUACAAUUACAAUUACAACAACAGCAGCAGCAGCAAUAGCAGCAGCAGUAGCAUCUUCUGUAGUCAGGUCAUGACUCAGUAUAGUGAGAAGUUUUGAGGGUUUUGGCGGCGUAGUCAGCAAUCACUUCAUAUCAUGCAG